UUUUAUCACAAGAUUGACGACAACAUCAUCGCGUAAUUUCUAUGUCGAAAAGUGAAAUGAAAUCAAAAUGGGAGACCAAACACAUUGGUUAUUUUCACCCGAUUCAGUAAUGAAUUCGGAUCCACAUCUUAAUUCUGUUAAAAAAGAAGAUGAUGAGGAUACAUUUCUUGAUGAUCUUGAUCUACAAGGAGAGGACAUGAGUUUCUCAGACUUGUCCUUCAACAUGAACAUGACAGAUUACUCGGACCUUUCCGAAGAGCGCCUCCUGGGGAUGAGCGAGGAAGAAUUGACCGGCAUGUUCAACAACCAGGAGAUGCCACAACUGGUCCAACCACAAGGGCAGCAGACCCUGCAGCUGCAGCUACAACAACAGCAGCAGGCACAGCAGUUGUUGCAAGCACAACAACAGCAACAGUUGCUGCAACAGCAACAGUCACUGCAACAAGUGCCCGACUUGCAGAUUGCUCAGCAGAAUCAGCCUCAGCAGGUUAUUGUGGCACCCAAGUCAACGGAAGCGGUCAACAAUGGGAGUGUGAGUGUAUCGUCAGAGCUUACCAAUCUGGUCGCCUUACUACUCAACAACCAACAACAGCAACCACAGACUUCAGUCAACAAUGUCGCGACUCCUGCAGCUCCGGCCCCACCCACAGGACCGGUCACCCAGCUGGUCAGUGCACCAGUGGCCCCGGCUGCCACCGUUCGACCGGCUACGGCAAGUGAGGUCAUCCAGCAGCUGGUCCAGAAGGAACAACAGAAGCAGCUACAGAACAAGACCAUUGCCCAGUUGGCGCUGAUACUGCAGUUACAGCAACAACAGCAACAGCAGCAGGUUCAGCAACAGUCUCAACAGCCCUUGGUCAUGUCUACUCUGCAGACUACUACACAACCACAGAUCACAACCCAGUUGCAGCAGCAGAAGGUCGCAACUGUGUCCCAACAGCAACAGCCUGUGCAGCAGAAGGUUAUUCCGUUGUCUCUUCAGAAAACCACCAUCCCGAAUGUCCAAGUAAUCAAACAGGAGACCAAACCCACUGUCACCACAGUCCCACAGUUGGUCAUCCAAACUUCACAAAAUGGCAGUGUUGGGAAUGUUGCCAUUGUUGGCUCCACCAUGGCAACCGUCUCCAGUCCGAUGAUUAAGUCCACGGAGUCCACCACCACCACUAACUCCGUGUCCAAGAUUGCCAUCCCACCUCUCUCCUCCUCGCCUAAUGGGGGCGCCAUGCACAUGGGAAAGAAGCCUGAGAAACGCAAGUCCCACAAUGCUAUCGAACAACGCUACCGGAAGAGCAUCAAUGGCAGGAUCGAGGAUCUCAAAGUCAUGCUAUUCAAAGAGAAUAAGAAGGUAUCAAAGUCACACACACUUCAGAAGGCCAUAGAUCAUCUAGUUGGUCUGAGGAAGAUGUGUCAAACCCUCAAGCAGGAAAACAUCACUCUUAAAGCAGAGCUUGACAAAUACAAAGGAAUAACCACAGUAACCGACGUGAAGGAGCCUCUGACCCCACCAUCGUCCUUCACAAACUCACCCGACCACUGCUACGUCUCAGGCAGCGAGCCCGAUUCACCAUACUCUGCUCCAGACUCGCCCAUCGACAUGUCGCCGCCAAGUCCGGUCCACUCCGCUCCGUCGGGGGGUCUGCUUGAUAGGACGAGACUAGUCCUCUGUGUGUUCAUGUUCUCCAUCCUUGCCUUUAAUCCAUUUGGAUUCCUCAUCAACAAGGGCUUUGAGAGCUUUGUGGUUGGCAGCGGGACUGGGUUCGGAGGGGACUCCAUGGUCGCAGGAGGCAGGAAGCUGAUGGGAGAAGAAGGAGGAAGCGGCGUUGAGACGAGGGUCCUCUCCUUGAUCUGGCAGGUUGUACCUUCUCUCUUGGUUUGGUUGAUGAACGGAACUAUCAUAGCGACGGUCCUCAUAACAAUGCUGUAUGGCGACAAGACGUCCAAGAGUUCAUCAGUCAAUAUCACAGCCUACUGGCGAUACAGGACUCAAGCAGAGCAGGAGAUUAUUAAGGGUAACAUUGCCCAGGCUCUGAAUCAGCUCUUCCACUGCUUUGCUGCUCUCGGUCGCAACCAUCCUCUGGGGAUGCUGGAGUACUACACCUCCUUCGUCUGGAACCUCCUCAGCUUCCCUCUCAACCUCAUCUUCAAGGGCCGUGGGAUCGGUGCCUGGCUCUCCAGGCCGAAGGCGGACAAGCAGAAGGAUGGGGAAUACCCCGUUGGGCAGACCACUGCAAGAGACAUUGCCAAGACAUACCACCACAUUGUCCAGCUCUUCUUGACAGCUAAUUUUUCUCUUGGAGUACCGCGGGCCUUCUACAUGGGUAUGUGUAGCAUCAACCAUGCUGAGAGGGCCAGGGAUGCUAUGAGUGCGAUUGAACGGGCCGAGAUCUAUGCCACUGUAGGGGUGCUGAUCAGAACCAGGUUCUCGAAAUCACUCCAAUGGCUGGCGAGCCCAGUUUUCUACCGAGUGCGGUACAUCCUGAAUCGAUCCAAGAGCCCCACUCCACCUAUUCUGAACUGGGCCUUGGUUGCUUUCUCCCAUCACUUCAGACACCAUGAUACCGUCCCAACCUCCUGGCAGGGACCAAGCUAUUUCACCUCCAUCACAGAGAAACGUAACCCAUUGGUAGUAGUAUCCCAGCACCUGAGGGAGCAUAUGAUACACAAUGCACUCCGAGGUAUCUUAGCCCUACAGCCAGUGCAUGACUCACACAAGACCAAGACAAGUGUCGAUGAAGAUUUCCUGAUGCAGCUGAACAGGCUGAGCAUUUCUCUUGACGAGGCUUCCAGCUUCUAUCAGCAGAAUGUAGAUAUGACCUCCAACCUUCAGGCCAGGAAUGAGUACGAUCCAGUCGCUCGUUGGUGGGUUAACCUGCUGUUUGUGGCGGCCUACUGGCAUGUUGGUGAGGAAGACAAGGCUGAGACGUACAUAAACUGCAUCGACUCUCUGCCUCCCCAGCUCCAAAAAGAAUGCUUCCCUCUGGCAGCCCUGCAAGCCUGCAAGGCACGGCUUACCUUCCUUUCAGCUGCUCACAACGACAUACCUGAUGAUUGUAUGAGGAUUUGUGACCUAGCAAGCAGCAACCUUGUACGCAGCUUGGAUGCUUGCUACUCAGCAGAUAGCUCCAUUAUGCUUGUCCAGCUCCUGGUCGUUGACUGGCUGCUGUCGACCCGCUCGGCGAUGUGGCAGAGACGCCAGCAGGGUUCCCCGUCCACCGUUCCAGCAACGAAGAAUGAAUUGUCAUCCUUCCACCAAGACCUCACCACGCUCAGGAAGCUGGCCAGUGAGCUGCCAGACGUCGGGUCAAAGGUUACCCUGUAUGAAGCCAUUGGCCGGUUGAUGGCCGGUGCCAACCCCGUCCGGACGCAGGUCCUUCUUGACCAGAACCUGAGGAAGAGGAACACAGAUCCCAAACAAAAAGAUUUGGAGGUAGAGAGCAGGACGACGGAGCACGACCGCGCCCAGUCACUCCUCAUGAAGAGCUGUUACCUCUACUCCACCAUGCCGUCUGAUACCGCAGAGCGUAAGAACCUCCUUAACGACGCGGUGCGCUCGCUCGAGAAGAUCGGCGAUCACCGUGGCAUGCAGUGCUGUCAGCAAAUGCUACAGUCGUUGCAGAAGUCCGGCCCCGCGCAACCCACGAAUGCUUCAGUCACGACGGCUUGUUGUUGAAACCUUAAACUUACUCCUUUGUACGCGUGGUGCUUCUGUCAUGCCAGUGAAGCAGAUGCCAGACCGAUCAAAGAUAUUACAUUAUUUUGAAAGGUAUAUCAUUUGUCAGUUGGGAGUCAGUUUCAUUGGUGUGACUGUAGCAAAGAUGCUAAAUAUGAAAACGUUUCUAACUUCAAUCUGUUUGCUGUUAAUUGUAUUUAUUGAAAAUGAUGUGGCUAUUGCUCAUUUUUCAAACUUUGUCAAACUGUUGUGCAUGGGCCAGCAGUCUGCCAGCCACCUACAGCGAGUAUUAAUCAGAAGAUCAUUUUAAUGGUAUGAUGGUAUGUUUAAACCUUUAACGUGAAUAGCUCAAUAUAUGAACAUCCGCUUUAUCUGUAAAGCUCAGCCAAUUCCUAUUUUCCUUAAAGUAGGCGUUCUUUAUUUGGAGGAAAGAUUUAAAAGUAGCUGGAAGACUAUAGUGAUCUUGUCUUUAAAGUGAUCGAUGUCUAAAGCACAGUAGCAUUCAUUUCCUUUGUUUAUUCAAUGUUUUCAUUUAUUGAAUAUGAAUAUAUAUAUAUAUAUAUAUCUGGAAUGACAAGCAUUUUAAUUCAUGCUUUGAUUGGAUAAAAAGCAAAUCAUUUGAUAAAGGAUUUUUGUGAAUAGUUAUAUAUUUUGUAAUAUAUUUUGAUCUUUCAUUCACUUUUCUGUAAAACAUCAGGGAGGUGUUCAUGAAGCUGUUUCAUAAGUCGUGCUAGAGCUAAAAUAAUGUUCCAGACAACUUCACGUACAAAUUUACAUGUAUCUUGUUCCUGGACUCUAAUGGGGGUGUUGCAAGUAACUUGUGAUCAAUUGCAUGUCAAUUUUUGGUCCCUAAAU